AGUCCUGUGUGUCCAGACCAGAAACACACCUCACACAGGAAGCCUAUGUGAGCGACAAAAGCAGAAGUAUCUCACUUUUUUUUUUUUUUUUUUUAAACAAACUUGUCAGAGUCAGUCCCAGCAGCAUGGCCGGAGGCUCGGUAUCAGAGUGUAAGGAGUAUUUGUUCAAAGUUCUGGUGAUCGGGGAAUUAGGGGUCGGGAAAACCAGCAUCAUCAAACGCUAUGUGCACCAGCUUUUCUCGCAGCACUACAGGGCGACGAUCGGGGUCGAUUUUGCACUCAAAGUCAUCAACUGGGACUCCAAAACACUUGUCAGGUUACAGCUGUGGGAUAUCGCAGGUCAGGAACGCUUCGGGAACAUGACGCGGGUGUACUACAAAGAGGCUGUGGGAGCGUUCGUGGUGUUCGACGUGACGAGGGGCUCCACGUUUGAGGCUGUAUCUAAGUGGAAGCAUGACCUGGACAGCAAGGUGAAACUGGCUAAUGGUAAUCCCAUCCCAUCGGUGCUGCUCGCCAAUAAAUGCGACCAGAAAAAAGACAGCACCAACAACACAGCUCUAAUGGACAGUUUCUGCAAAGAGACCGGCUUCUUGGGCUGGUUUGAAACAUCAGCUAAGGACAACAUUAACGUGGACGAAGCGGCGCGUUUCUUGGUAGAGAAUAUCUUGGCGAACGAUAAAGGGCUGCCAUACGAAGAAAGCAACGGAGACCGGAUCAAACUGGACCAGGAGGCCGUGGCUGCUGAGAGCAAAUCAGGCUGCUGCUGACACUCACUUCAUUCCCAUCAGCGUUUGUUUGCCAGAGUCCAGUUCAUGCACCCGUCUACUUCCACCCUCAGAGACGAAUAUGAAUUUUUUUAGUCUUUAAAACUCCAAAAACUUGUGUGUGCACUGAUGCCCAUUUGACCUGCACAUCCAAGUGUCUCAUUUUAGAUUUCCCUAGGCCAGGAAAAGAAACCCAGUUUUAUUUGAAUAUUGUCCGAGGUUAUCUCUUUCUCUACACACUUUUUUCGCUCCUAAAGGUUUCCUAUUAUUGUGUUUUUCUCAGGACACGUCCUCCUAUAAUCUUUCUGUCCCUGUUGUCUCUGAAGCCCUGGACUGGACCACAGCUGAUUAAUGACGCAAACUGAAUUUUCUGAGACACACAAGCUGGGAUUAUUCUCUUUCAUUGAUGUCAUAGCUUUUUGAACAUUUCUGUGCGAACAAGACAUUUUAUUGUUUCAUCUCUUUUUUUUUUCUUUUUUUUUUCCAGUUAACAUAGGCAGAGGUUAAUGCCCCUUAAGCAUUUAUCUCACUCAUGUGUUUACUCAUAGAUUCCACGGUAAAACUCAAACAAAUGGGCAUCACUGUUAAGCAUUAAGUGUUAAUGUAUUACAUAUUGCUGCAAAGAAUCAUCUUUAUGCCAUAUUUUCUUUGAAGUGUUGUGCCAUAAAAAAUGCAUUUUAUUAUUUUAGGAGCAUGGGACACUUUGGGCCUGAUUUACUAAGAUCGCAAAUAAUGGGUGGAAAUUUGCAAAAAAAAAUGCAUGUGCUAUUGAUUUGCAUGUCACGAGUGAUCAACUAAAGCUACGUUCAGACAGCAGAUCUUAAUGCACAAUUCACAAUUUUUGGUGAAAUUCGAUUUUUUGUAUGCUCGUUCAUAUGACACAUUAACCCUUUCAUGCAUGCUGGUCACUACAGUGGACAGUUAUUCUACAGCUGUUCUCUUGUAUAUUCAUGGGUUUUGUUGUUUUAGUUCCAUAUCAGCCAACACAG